AUUAAUUUGGGGAGACAGAGAGAGAGAGAGAGAGAGAGAGAGAGAGAGAGAGAGAGAGCCUAUCUACCAGGGCUCUUCUAUAAAAUGGACCAUAUGUCAUUCAGCUCUUUCAUUAAAUCAGUGAAGAAGCUAGAAUUUAUGUCAUAUAGGCUCUUCAUUUCAGAGCAUUGAAUAUCGAAGAUGGGUGGAACUGCGAGCAAGAAUAAGAAGAGGAGUAGUUCAAGAGAGAGAGACUAUGGAAAAGGAAGAUUGAGAGGGAAGGUGAGGCAAAUCGAAGGGGACAUGAGCGAGAUGGUGUGUGAGAGGAAGAAAGAGAGUGCAGCAUAUGAGAGGGACAUGUUGGUGUUUAAAUUUAAGGAGGCUGAGUGGAAGCAAGAGAAGAAGAUGAUGAGGGAGGAGGUGAAGAUGUUGAGGAAUAUGGUGGAAGAGAAAGAGGAGAAGAUUGGGGUUCUUGAGGGGAGUGAGAAGACUAGUGCUGAUCAUGAGAAUAGUGAAGACUGGGAAGUGGUGUUGGGGAGUAGCUGUGCAGCUACUUUGUUGGUUGAGCAAAUGAGGGAGGAAAGAGCAAGGAGAGAUGAGACUGUGGAGAAGUGGAAGCAGCUUUAUCUCACUAUUAAGAUGGAGCUUGAUGAUCUUAUUCAGAGAACUCAUUGUGAAAGUGGACUGUAUUGGAGGGCAGAAGAAGAAGACAUAAUAGUGGAAGAGCUAAAGGUCCAACUGAAAGUCAAAGAGGAGAUCAUUGAAAGCCUGAACUCUAAGAUAGCUUCAAUGGAGAAUGAGCAAUACAAGAGAGAGCGAGAGAUCGACAUAUUGAGGCAGAGCUUGAGAAUCAUGAGCUGCAAGAGGGCAGUAGUGCAGGCCACCAAGAAUGUCUCCAAGGAUUCACAGCUUGUGAAAAAACACACUAGGAAAUUGUGAUAUAUAUUUUCAGUAGAAUCAAACUACUUUAGUCCUCUGAUGUAAUGUGUUACAUAUUAUAAAUGGUAAAUUUCUUAUGUGGUA